CUUCUCCCCCACCAUUGGCUCAUUACAAUUUACAAGCACAUUACAACUCCCUGAACCCGCCCCCUUCCACGAGAGAUUCAAAACUCUUUCUGGUACCCGUUUUCAUGUUGUUGGAGCUCCGGCUCCUUUCCUCGGAGCCCCUGCGAUUUUUCCUUAAAAAAAUAAAAUAAAAUAUUACACCAUUAGAGCAACAAAUUUAUAAAAAAGGAAACUUAUUUUUGCCCUUUUUCCUCGUUUUAGAUCUUGUGACAAUCCACCUUCGAAAAUGUCGAAUUCGCCAUGGGGAAAUAUCGGCGCCUGGGCCGCCGAUUCCGAACGAGAAGAGGAAGAACUGCGGGAGCUAGCCGCCAAAGCUGCGGCUGAAGCGGCCUCCGCGGACGCUUCAGCCACCGGUGGCGGAGACUCUCAGAGCUUCCCGUCCCUGAGAGAUGCCGUCAGCAGCGCCUCCAAGCAGACGAAGAAGAAGACCAAGAUGAGCUUGCAAGAGUUCACGAUGCAGAAUGUUUAUGGCUCCACCUCCAGUCAGCGCGGGCUAACCCACGAGGAAAUGCUCCGCCUACCCACUGGCCCGAAAGAACGGUCCGCCGGGGAUGAAAUGCAAUAUGGUGGCGGACGUCUGGGAGGAGGAUUUUCUAAUUAUGGGGUCCGGAGCAGUGGGCCUCCACCGGGUCGCAUGCGAGACCGGGAUUCGGAUGGGGAGGGCUCCUGGGGUGGAGGGGGGCCUCGAAGAUCUUAUGGGGGUUUUGAGGAUGAUCGCCGGAGGGGCCCGCCUCAAGGUGGUAGAGGUCCAGAUUUUGAUCAACCUUCUAGGGCUGAUGAAGUUGACAAUUGGGGUGCAAUGAAGAAGCCUUUACCCUCAUUCAAUUCGGGUCCUGCUGGUCCGGGUCGCCCCAGCCGGUAUGCUUCUUUGGGCGGUGGCAGUGGUGGGCUUUCUAGGGCUGAUGAGGUCGACAAUUGGGGUGCCUCCAAAAAACCCAUUCCGCCACCAGCUGCUAGAUCUUCUAGUUUCGGGUCAGGCUUCCGCGGGGAUUUUAAGCCGGAGCCCGAGAAAUGGACUCGUGAUGGGAGUCAGGAAAGACAAAGAUUGGUUCUUGACCCUCCCCGAGGUGAAGAGGGUGAAACGGUGGUGAAGGUGAAUAAGCCUAACCCCUUUGGUGCAGCUAGGCCCCGAGAAGAAGUGCUGGCAGAGAAGGGAUUGGAUUGGAAGAAAUUGGAUUCUGAAAUUGAGGCGAAGAAGGCCGUUAAUAGUAGGCCGGCAAGCUCUCAGUCCAGUAGGCCAGGGAGCUCCCAGUCAGCUAGGUCAGAAGGCCAGCCAUUGCAGGUGACAGGAGGGGAUGCAGCAGCCAAGCCAAGGCCUAAGGUGAACCCUUUUGGAGAUGCUAAGCCUAGGGAGGUUUUGCUAGAGGAGAAGGGUCUUGAUUGGAGGAAGAUUGAUUUAGACUUGGAGCAUCGUCGUGUGGAUAGGCCUGAGACCGAGGAGGAAAAGAAUCUGAAAGAAGAAAUAGAACAUCUGAAAAAGGAAUCACUGCAAAAGCCUGGUGAUGAUCAAUCUUUACAUGAUCAAAUACUUCAAAAGGAAAAGGACUUGGAACUGCUGAUUCGUGAAUUGGAUGACAAAGUUCGUUUUGGCCCGAAACCCACUGAAAGGCCAGGUUCUGGAGCAGGUAGGCUUACUGGGCAUCCUGAGAUGCCCCAUUCUCAGCCUGCAGCAUAUGAAGAGCCAAGAGGUGGUGAGUUCAUGGACAGGCCUCGUUCACGUGGCACUGGAGAUGCAUGGGCAAGGUCUAUGGAUGAUAGAAGAGCUUAUCAUGGUGGUAGGAGCAGAGGAUUUUUGGGUAAUAGAGAUACAGACAGGUCAACAUCAAAGGAGAGAUGGUGAAUGUCGCGCUAAUUUUCUCUAGCCUCCUACUUCCAUAAUUGACUAAUUCGGACAGAAUAAUCUUUAGCAUGGUUGAAUUAUUCUUCUCUUAAUUUUGUUGUGAAUGGAGCUAGAAAAUAUUGAGCAUUGACACUGGGCGUCUUGCGUUGAUCAAUUGUUGACUAUGUAAAAAUUGCAAUUUUCCGCCCGCUUCUCCGUGCCAUUUCGAGGGAGGAAACUUAUUUUGCUUAUUUCUUUUCUAAGACUGUUGUAAUGCAAGCAGCCUACUUGGUGCAGUCUUUGUUUAGUUUUGCUCUUGUUUUGAUGUUGGAGGUUUGUCUUUUCUUGUUUUUUUAUUUUUAUUUUUUUGUUUACCUUCCCUCUCAAGUAGGCUGUUGGUGGGGGUAGUGGUUUGUUUAGGACUGAACAUUUGUUCUCAGCUCUUGUACAUUCCACUUCGUAAUUGAAAUAUGGGCUGCAAUUUUGCUUUC